UCCAGGUGCCAAUUUCUGUAGGUGGAGGUCCUUGGCCCGCAACAUCGACCUGCUGCCAGGGGCCGAUAGGAUGGCGCCGCUUUUGGAAUAUUUGUGGUUUUUUCAUGUUGAAGCCAUAAACAGACGGUGGUCCUAAUAAAGAGGGAGGGGAGUGCUAAUAAAAAGGGAGUGCAGAGGAAGGAGGUCUUCACUUGGCUGCUGGAAGACAUCUCAUCACUCCUGAAGAAGGGAUGGAGUGGUAUGUUCUGGUGUUGAUGCUGAGCUUGCCUCCAUCCAUGCACACCCGAUGCUCCUCACAGUGUGACAGAUGUUUGCAGCACCAGCUCCACACCACCACCACCACCACCUUCAGCACUCUGUGGUGUGGUGUGUUGUGUCGGGACCAGCCAGGUCCAUGUGAGGACUCUGCGGGCUGGGAGGACACCAAGCACGCGGAGGAAGACGAAGAAGAAGAAGAUGAAAAAGAAGAAAAGGCGCCAAAACAAGUGGGCGCAGAGUUGAUGAAGAAGCUGGAAAAAACUCUUCUGGCGGAAGGAAGCGAGGAGGCGGGAGAAGGAGGCGAGGAGGCGGGGGAAGGAGGCGAGGAGGCGUGGGAAGGAGGCGAGGAGGCGGGGCUGCGUGGCUACGAGCUGGUCAAGCGCUACGGUGGCUUUUUACGCAAGUUGGGCCCCAAGUCCAGGAGGAGUGACGGCACAGAGGCACAGCGGUGGCCCGGGGAGCUGCAGAAGCGCUACGGCGGCUUCAUGAGGAGGAUCCGCCCCAAAGUCAACAACAUCAAGUGGGACAAACGCUACGGUGGAUUCCUGCGCCGACAUUUCAAGAUGGCGGCGCGCUCCGUCGAGAAGCCUUUCUCCGCCUACGACGAGCGCCUGAGUCAAGAAGGAAGAUGAACAUCGCUGCUUCUUCUUCUUCUUCUCCAAUAAAAUCAUCA